GUCUGGUGACUCUGGUCACAUGAGGCAGUGAGCCCACAACACUUCCAGGAAGAGAGAGAGAGAGAGAAGAGAGAGAGAGACUUGGGUUCUCUCUGAACAUUCCAGUCGACUCCACCACCGACACAAACAUUGCCACCUACAGCGGUAGCGAAGGAGACACCAGCGCCGUCAUUUUGCUACUUCAAUUGGGUUACGAAGAUCCCGUCGCGACCGUCGGGGAUGCCUCCUGAUCCCGUCGCGAUCGUCGGAGACGCCUCCUGAUCCCGUCGCGAUCGUCGGAGACGCCUCCUCCCUCCACCAAACGACGUCUUCUUCCUCUACCUCUGUAGAUCGAGCUCGUUUGUUUCCUCCCUCAACUGCAUCGUGCCCGGGGUAUACCGUUGUAGCUGUAUGCAAAGUGGAAGAAAUUUUCCAUGAUGGCUACAAGAGCAAUAGUGCAAAGGAAUAAGUAUCUCUUCCACUCCCUAAAUCAGCAGACUAGCUUGGUCCGAUUUUUUUCAAGCUUUGAGCUUGAGCAGUCAUCUAACCUUCCUGCUUCAUGGGGUUCAAGAUGGGGUUUGAGUCAUCCAUCCUCGGACAGAGAUCAUGGAAAAGAAGACUCAUACUCCUUAAGCAGGAAGGAAUUGUUUGUUUCUCGACCAGGAGGAUUGCUCAGGCAUUACUCUUGCGAAACUACAACUCUUGGAUGUAGAGUUGGACGAACAGUUUCUAUUCCUUCUUUGGGAUAUAGAUGGACAUCAGAAUUGAUUCGUUAUUCUUCUACCGCUGCAACAGGCCAACGUGAAAAUGAUGGGAAAGAAGAGGGGCCUGUUAAACAAAUAAAGGAAGCUUCACCAGAGGAAUGUGACCAAGCAGUCGAGGGGUUGAGCUCGGUGAAAGCAAAAGCGAAAGCAAAGCAGUUGCAAGAACCCCAAAAGGGUGCUAAAUCAAUCAUAAAAAGAUUAUGGGCUAUGCUUUUAGGGAUAGGACCAGGUUUGAGAGCUGUUGCUUCUAUGAGCAGGGAGGACUGGGCAACGAAGUUGGGCCACUGGAAGGACGAGUUUAAAUCUACAUUGCAACACUAUGGGUUGGGUAUGAAACUCCUUUGGGCUGAUGUUAGGAUAAGCACAAGGUUGCUGUUAAAACUUGCUGGUGGGAAGAGUCUUUCUAGGAGGGAGAGACAACAACUCACGCGCACGACAGCUGAUAUUUUUAGGCUAGUUCCUUUUGCAGUUUUUAUUAUAGUUCCAUUCAUGGAGUUCUUGCUGCCAGUGUUUCUGAAGUUGUUUCCCAACAUGUUGCCAUCAACCUUCCAGGACAAGAUGAAAGAACAGGAGGCUCUGAAACGGAGGCUAAAUGCAAGGAUAGAAUAUGCAAAGUUUCUUCAGGACACGGUAAAAGAAAUGGCAAAGGAAGUUCAACUCUCACGAAGUGGGGAAAUUAAGAAAACAGCGGAAGAUCUCGCCGAAUUUAUGAACAAGGUUAGAAGGGGUGCUCGUGUUUCCAAUGAGGAAAUUCUUGAAUUUGCCAAGUUGUUCAAUGAUGAGCUCACUCUUGAUAACAUCAGCAGGCCUCGGUUAGUGAAUAUGUGCAAAUAUAUGGGCAUCAAACCAUUUGGGACAGAUACUUAUUUGCGUUAUAUGCUUCGAAAGAGACUACAACAGAUCAAGGAUGAUGAUAAGAUGAUCCUAGCAGAAGGCAUUGAUUCCCUUUCUGAACAGGAGCUUCGUCAAGCAUGUAGAGAUCGUGGCUUACUUGGGUUACGUUCUGUCGAAGAAAUGCGCCAGCAGCUGCGUGAUUGGCUCGACUUGUCUCUCAACCGCUCAGUGCCAUCUUCUCUGUUGAUUCUUUCUAGGGCUUUCACUGUGCCAGGUAAAGUGAAACCAGAGGAAGCUGUUCAAGCUACGCUGUCUUCGCUUCCAGAUGAGGUGGUGGACACUGUGGGGGUGACAGCUUUGCCAUCUGAAGAUUCUGUUUCUGAAAGGAGGAGGAAGUUGGAGUUCCUAGAAAUGCAAGAAGAACUAAUCAAGGAAGAGGAAGAGAAAGAGGGAGUGGAUGAGACCAGAAUGAAGGAAUCUGCUGCAAAGCAAAAGGAUGUUGCCUUGGAAGAGAUGAUUAAUGCAACAGCAAAAGAAGCACAAGAUCAGGCGAAAUCAAAAACUCUUGACAAACAGGAGCAGCUUUCUGAGCUAAGUCGUGCAUUGGCUGUUUUAGCAUCAGCAUCUUCUGUGAGCAUGGAGCGUGAAGAGUUCUUGAGACUUGUCAAGAAAGAGAUAGAGUUGUAUAAUAGCAUGGUGGAGAAAGAUGGUCAAGAAGGUGAAGAAGCCAAAAAGGCAUACAGAGCUGCCAGUGAAGAUGGUGACCAUGCUGUGGAGAAGGCUGUGGAUGACGGUGUUUCUUCAGCUCUGAUAGACAGGGUUGAUGCUAUGCUACAAAAGCUUGAAAAAGAAAUUGACGAUGUGGAUGCUAAGAUAGGCGAUCGUUGGAGGUUACUUGACAGGGAUUAUGAUGGCAAAGUAACUCCCGAGGAGGUUGCAUCUGCGGCUAUGUACCUUAAGGACACAUUGGGUAAGGAGGGUCUUCAAGAACUUAUCAGCAGCCUUUCCAAAGAUAGAGAAGGAAAGAUCCGUGUUGAAGACAUUAUCAAAUUAGGCAGUCGUGCAGAUGAUGCCAAUACAACUAAAGCAGGAAAAGUAUAGAUGAUGUGUAUAUAGAUCUCUAAAAUUCGGUCCUCGUUCAACUCCAAUUUUCAAACGGAGUUGGCUUGUUGAUUGUUUGUGUCAAUUUUAAUUUGCCUAGUUGAUACCGUACAGCUAGUUGUUGUUGUUGUUGUUGAUGCCUUACCGCUACAGCUCUGCCCGGACAUCUUGGCAUAAGUCAUGUAACGAACAAGUUAAUAUCAUUCUUUUCAGAAGUGGAGUAAUAGGCUGAAUUGUCAAUUGCAAAAA